GCUCAGGUAUCAGGCCGGCUUCACCGGGAAGGCAGGGCCGCGUGCCUGACCCAGUCUCGCACUCCUGCUCUGACUUUGGGGUGUACUCUAUAGGUUCAUUGCUCUAUGCAGUCAGGGCCUGAGGAGUAACCCGCCUCUCUUUUCGGUGCAGGGAAGCGCGCAGGGGGGCGCGAACACUUCUCAAUUGGAGACCCGCACGCCAAAGUAGUGGAAACGCUGUGGGUGCCCUGAAUGUCUCCGGUUUGGGGCUUAUAAGGGAAGGAUUCGUUUCCUCCCCGGACUAUCCCUUAACUCGGCCUUCGGGAGAGAAGAGGGAAGUCGAAGGAAAGAAGGAAAGAGUUGACCGCCUGAAACCGGAUCGUGCAUUUGGCCCAUUCUUGGUACUAGUGUUAAGGAGCCACGUUUCGAACGAAUUUCGUCCCGGGGAAAGUCGUUGGCGAGAGCCUGGGGAUCCCUGGCCUCCGAAUGCGGCAGAAAAUAAGAAACUGGCUGCGCUGCUGAAGAAAAUAAAUUGAGUGUUGGGGGAAACAAGAUCGGGCAGAUAGCCCGGAAAGGUUGGCUCCCAAGAGCAGUGAUGGCGGCGAACGCCCCCUCCCCCUACGGAGCCCCUGGUCUUCAUGGCUCCUAGGAGUAGGCGAGGAAAGGCCAGAUUGAGACUGAGAACCGAGGGCAACUACCACAAUGGGCAGCAAAACCUUGCCAGCUCCAGUGCCCAUUCACCCGUCUCUGCAGCUCACCAACUACUCCUUCCUUCAGGCAGUGAACGGCCUACCUACCGUGCCCUCGGACCACCUGCCCAACCUGUACGGCUUCAGUGCAUUACACGCCGUGCACCUGCACCAGUGGGCGCUGGGCUACCCUGCCGUGCACUUGCCUCGCUCCUCUUUCUCCAAAGUGCCUGGCGCUGUGUCCAGCCUGGUGGACACACGCUUCCAGUUGCCCGCCUUUCCCUGGUUUCCUCACGUCAUCCAGCCGAAGCCCGAGAUCACCGUGGGAGGCAGCGGCCCCUCCGCGCUCAAGACCAAGCCACGCUUUGAUUUUGCCAACCUGGCUUUGGCUGCCACGCAAGAAGAUCCAUCCAAGCUUGGCCGGGGGGAGGGCCCCGGGUCCCCCGCUGGUGGGUUGGGUGCCCUCCUGGAUGUAACCAAGCUGUCCCCAGAAAAGAAGCCCACAAGGGGACGCCUGCCUUCCAAGACCAAGAAGGAGUUCGUCUGCAAGUUCUGUGGCCGCCACUUCACGAAGUCCUACAACCUCCUUAUCCACGAGCGGACGCACACGGAUGAGCGACCCUACACCUGUGACAUCUGCCACAAAGCCUUCCGGAGACAAGACCACCUACGGGACCACAGAUAUAUUCACUCCAAAGAGAAGCCUUUCAAGUGUCAAGAGUGUGGGAAAGGAUUCUGCCAGUCCAGGACUCUCGCUGUCCACAAGACGCUACACUCACAGGUGAAGGAGCUCAAAACCUCCAAGAUCAAAUGCUAAAGAAAGCCUCUGGGUCACCAGUACCCUGGGUCACGCUGCCCCCUCGUCCGGAGGGACCAGAAGCUGAAGGCGACUCCGGCGGGCAGCAUGAGGGGUUCCCGGGAACUUUCCCCAUCCCAGACUUGUCCCCUGGGUCCCGGGCGCACGCGGAACCCGAGAGCCCCGCCGCGAGAGCCAUGACCCCAGCCGCCCGGGCGGCUCCCCCAGGACGCGGCUAAAGUCUUGGCCAAAAGGCGGUACUCACGUGGCGGAAGGGAAAAUGCAUUUAAAAAAAGAACGAAAGCUCCGCGGAGCCGUAGCGGCGCCUCUCCCAGAAGUAUUACUUUUUCUAUUGUUAUUUUAUACGUUUUCUUUAUUAUUUUUUUCUUUGACCAUAUAAGCUUGUAACUCUGCCUGCGGAGAGAGAGGAGAGAGGGAAAGGAGUUCUGCGCCUUCGCAGCUCCCACCCCCUCCUCCCGUCCCCAUCCCCACUCCCGGGAGCCUGCAAAAGUGUAAUCCGUGUAUCAGCUUCAGCAGCCCGGCCCAGGAGCCGCGGGGCCGCGGGCGCCCUGCCCUGCACCGCCGCGCGACCGUUUGUCCGGCGCUCCGACUCCGA